UCUUAUUGAGUGGGCUCAAGCUCAGAGAGUUGACUUGAUUGCAACACAUUUUAGUAGCGUACGAACGCUUUAGUUUGUAAGAUUUCAGUUGAGCUAAGAGCUCUUUUCAUUCGUAAGCCGCAUAAACGGUUUUAUCUUUCAAGUAAACACAAGCAAAAAUAAGCGUCAAAAUAAAUAUAAAACGUGGCUACGGUUCGUUACAUAGGUGUGCACUGUUCAGAAGGCCAUAACCGAAUGUGUACAAGAUUUACAGCAUCCAGGCGUAGAGGCAGAAAUAAAAAUUUUCUAAGCCACACUGAGCGCUUAGAGCGUGAAAAUUAAGUUUCAUGUUAAAGUCUUCUUUUUAACGAGAGCGGUCACGUUUUUGGAUGAACUCUUUUUUUCGCUGAGGAAUGCAAUUCAAUUUUUAACGCUCAAACGCAAAUGUUACCGAAUCGUGCGCGUCGGACGCGACACUAACAAAUUGUGGAGUGACGAUGACAAUUUCACCUGAGCCGGAGUUUAGCUGGACCAACUUUUAUUGUGCUGUGUAAAAUUCAUUUUGAAUUUAAUUCGGUUCGUUUGAUUCGAGGGGGCGCAAAAUAGAUAUUGAAGCAUUUAGAAAGCGAAUUUGAUAUCACAUAUCAACUUGACUUUGGUAAACGAGAGUGAUAGUGGCGCUGCAUUGGCAUAAUACUGAACAACAGGUCUGUUGGUAUGGAACGUAAAACUACAAACUGAGCUGAUAUUAUUGUUUUUAAAUUAAAUACUUGGAAGCUGAGUGCAUUGCUCCCAUUUCUUAGCAUUUUUCCGUUAGUAAGAGUUUGAUAUAAGCGUCUUACUACUACAGAAUUAAUGGAUGAAAUGUGUUGGACGCUGGUAGCGGCUAGUGCUUUCUCUGCUUAAACAAAUUUUGACAUCAUACCAAAGCAGCAGUGAUAAGAAGUUUUUUAAUUUUCAUCAGUUUGGAUUUUUAUUUUGGGCAGCAUUGAAGUAGUUGAGAAGCUUUUAGUUAAGUGCUCAUUAUUAAAAAGAAACAUUUUUAAUUGAUUGUUUACAUGUUCGACAUAUAAUGUAUCGUUUAUCGGUCUUUGUACUCUUAUUGUCCAUGGUAACUGUUGAUUCGGAUAUCAACAACAAUAAUAAUAAUGUUAACAAAACCAACAGCAGCAGUAUUAUUAGCAGUGGACACUCAAGUGUUAAGUGGAACGUCUCAAAUGCGAAUCUAAAUAAUAUACCAAGGGAUAAGCGAGGAACAAAUUAUCAAUUGGAUCAGUCUGAAUUGGCACGUCAAAAUCAAAUAACACAACAAAUACUUGCAAACUAUUUGGAACGUAAAUUAUUUGGUGGUAGUAGAGCUGGAAAUCAAAAAAUACCAACGAUCGAUGAAAUUCUACCAAAACCAACACAAAGACCGAAACCACGAGGUUUUGCCUCUUCAAGUUUACAAAAUUUGAAACGAGGCACAAAUGCAAACCGAAAUCGUUUCAGUGCAUAUAAUAAAAAUCAAAAAUAUCGCUUCCGUGGUAGUGCACUACAAAAAAAGAAAGAAGAAGAACCUAUUGAAGAAGAACCAGAAGAGCAACCAGAAGAUCAACCAGAAGAUGACAUUGAAGAGAAUAUAAAUAGUAAAAUUCCUAAUGAUGAAAUUGAAAAUGAAGCUGAAUCAUUACAGAGCGUAGAAUCAGAACAAUAUGAUCGUUAUUAUAGUGACAUAUUUAGUCGUGAUCCGCAUGAGAAUGAAAUCGACAGCGAUUGUCCAAACUGUGUGGAUGAAACUCAAUAUGCAAACAAAUGGACGAUGCCAUUACUAAAGCUUGGCGAGAAGCGUUACUACCUCGGCAUCUUCUUCAAGGCAAAUUGGUUCAAAGCAACGCAGUAUUGCAGGUAUCAUGGCAUGCAUUUGGCUAGCAUCUCAUCGCAAGAAGAAAAUGACAGACUGGAAAAACACAUACAAGAUUUUGGUUUGGGUCAUGAGCAUUUUUGGAUAUCAGGCACUGAUUUAGCUGACGAAGGUAACUUCUUUUGGAUGGCAACAGGCCGCCCAAUUACGUUUACUAAUUGGAAUGCUGGCGAGCCAAACAAUUUCCGCUAUGAAAAUGGCGAAGAAGAAAACUGUUUGGAGUUGUGGAAUCGUGAUGGUAAAGGCCUGAAAUGGAACGACUCACCUUGCAGUUUCGAAACAUAUUUCGUUUGUGAAGUACAACCAAAUUAAAAGCAACUUUAUCUAGGCAACAAAUUAUAAAUUCGCUUAAACAAACAACCAAACAAACAGACAAAAAACAAUAAAAAUAAAAAUAAAAGCGGUUCUUUACGCUUGUUAUGUGUGUCAAGCUUGUAAUAAAAAAAACAACUAGUUUAGUUUGCAUUUCUUUUAGUUAGUUUAGUAUUUAAAAAAUUUGUAAACUUAAUAAAAAUGCACAAUUAUUAGUUUAUUUUUUAAUGUUUAAACAAAAAAGUAAUUAUAACUGAGCAUAUUACACUUUGCAUAAAAUAAUCGCUCAUACGACACGAUAGCCAUGUAAGUAGUAUUGUAUGUAAUUUUGACAAGUUUCAUCAAAAUGAUUAAUAAUGAUUUUUUGCCUUUUGGCUUAGUUUAGCAGGCUUUUUAAUUUAAUUAUCCAAACUCUUUCAUAAAAUAUAUUUGUUAAUAAAAUUAAUUAAUACUCAUCUGAAAAAUGUGAUAGUCUAAAACUGUUUUCAGAUUUUGUUUAGCAAAUCAAAUGGAAGAAAAUUAAAUGAAUAUUGGAAAGGAUUUGUAAUUGGCAGCAGAACUCAGGAAGAAAGAAAUUAAUUAAAAAUUUGUUUUUAAUGUAUAUUUUAUGCAAGAGUUAAUUUUGUUUUUAAUUUUUUGUAAUUAUUUUCCAAGUGUAUUUCUCUUAAUUUUGGAAUGUAGAUUUUGAAAAAAAUCUAUUUAUGUAUACAGAUAAUAUUAGUUUUAUUAUUUUAUUGUAGAUUUAGUUGUAAUUAACUUAUGCUAUAAUAUGUUAAGAGUACAAUAUUACAUCAUACGAAUUGUGUUAAAAUUAUGAAUUAUGAUCUAAAAUA